AUGCAUGCUCCACUGCGGUCGGAGUUACGGAGCCGCACUGGUCCGGAGCCCCAUGCUCAGCAUAUUAUCUCGAAUCGCUCGGUCAAGCAGCCACUUCAGCCUAACCAAGUUGGGAUCAAGAUCACUGCGACAGCGGUCAACCCCGUGGACUGGAAGAUCCGCGACUACAAUGUCUUCCUUAAGGAAUAUCCCGCCGUGCUAGGCUCUGAUGCCGCCGGUGAGAUUGUCGCUGUCGGCUCUGACGUCUCGACUCAUGCAGUCGGCGACCGCGUUUUCUUCCAGGGUAUCAUUGGCAACUAUGAUGCCGCCACUUUCCAGCAGUACGCUACCAUGCCCGCGGAGCUGGUUUCCAAGACCCCGGCCAAUAUCACCGAUGAUCAGGCAGCUGGCAUCAGCCUCGCCUCGAUUGCCGUAGUGACUGGAUUCUACGACACGACCGGCCAUGGCAUUGUUCCGCCAUGGGCCCCGAAGGGAAGCGAAGCCGGGAAGGGCAAGGCCAUCGCGAUCCUCGGAGGGUCUUCGAGCGUAGGCCAGUAUGCAAUCCAAUUCGCCCGACUGUCGGGUUUUGAACGCAUUAUCACUAAUGCGAGCCCCGCUCACCACGAGUUCCUGAAGAGCUUGGGUGCGCAUGUCGUGCUGGAUCGCAAUUCCUCCAGCGCGGGAGACUUCCACGCAGCUAGCGGAGAUCUUCCGCUUUCCUACGUGUACGACGCGAUCGCAAGCAAGGAUACACAGGCUCUGGGUGUCGAGAUUGCUCAUUUGAGCGGAGUAGCACACCGUGUAGUUGUCGUGCAAGGUGUGGAUUCCGACGCGGCCAAAUUAGGCGAGUCCAAGCAGCGAAAAAUUUCGGUUGCGCAGAUUAUGGGCUUGGGAAGUUCACCGGCACUGAGGCACCUCAGCGAGCCUUUUGUUCGUCAUAUUGGAGGCGAGGAUGGUUAUAUCGCCAAGGGCCUCUUCGUUCCAAAUCGCGUGCGGUUGGUGGCGGGUGGCAUCGCGGCGGUAGAGGAGGCGCUGAAGCUGAACAAGAACGGCGUAUCUGGAGAGAAGGUCGUCUUCCGCCCAAAUGAUGGAACUUAA